GGUUUAGGCGCGGGAGAGACUUUCCAGCGUGUAGUGAAGUGGUAGUUCUUCUACUGCAAGAUCAGAGCCGCUGACGUUUAACAAGAAAGACAACUUUUACACGCUCUUGUUUUCCAAAGAUGAGUCAAGAAAUAAAGCUAGAGACCCCAGAAGAGUUGACCGGAUCACAAGGCAGCGACAAGAGUGGGAUGUGUGAUCAUGUUGUUACACCCAGGCUCCAGGUCCAGACCAGGAAGAGAGAAGACUACCUGGAGUGGCCUGAAUAUUUCAUGGCUGUAGCCUUCCUCUCAGCUCAGAGGAGCAAAGACCCCAGUUCACAGGUCGGGGCCUGCAUUGUGAACCAAGAGAACAAGAUUGUUGGCAUUGGUUACAACGGCAUGCCCAACGGCUGUGACGACGACCUGUUGCCGUGGUCACGCUCGGCAACAGACAGGCUGGACACCAAGUACCCUUACGUCUGCCAUGCAGAGCUGAAUGCCAUCAUGAAUAAGAACUCAGCAGAUGUGAAAGGCUGCUCCAUGUAUGUUGCUCUCUUCCCUUGCAACGAAUGUGCUAAGCUCAUCAUACAAGCAGGUAUAAGGGAGGUGAUUUAUCUAUCAGAUAAGUACCACGACAGCCCGGAGAUGACAGCGUCCCGCCGCCUGCUGAACCUGGCCAACAUUCUCCACAGGCAGUUCAAACCAAAGCGCAGCCAGAUUGUCAUUGAUUUUAAUACCAUCAACCUCUCCAGCGUGAACACCACCACGGAAUGAAAACACUCACCUUGGAGACAGAGGGAGAGAGAGAGAGUG